UGAACAUUCCAGCCCCGGGGCGCGGGGGCAUGGGGCUGCUCUAGGUGCGAGUGGGUUGAGUCUGCUCCGAGCUGCGGCAGCCCCGGCGCGCUGGGAGCCUGACCACGCUAUACCAAGCAAGCAACUGCCCCCAGCAUGGCUCACUUAACCAACGUCAAUGGAGAGCUUCCCAGCGCUGAACUCUGGAUGUCCCAUAACAAGAUGGUCAUGGAGCCGCUUGAUACCAGUGACCCGGAGGUGUACGACCUCAUCAAGAAAGAGAAGCGGCGCCAGAGGCUUGGGUUGGAGCUGAUUGCGUCUGAGAACUUUGCAAGCCGAGCGGUUCUGGAGGCCCUGGGCUCCUGCAUGAACAAUAAAUACUCGGAGGGGUACCCGGGACAGAGGUACUACGGUGGGACAGAGUUUGUGGAUGAGCUGGAGAUCCUCUGCCAGAAGAGAGCGCUGGAGGCUUACGGGCUGGACCCACAGAAAUGGGGGGUCAAUGUCCAGCCAUACUCAGGCUCCCCCGCUAACUUUGCGGUAUACACGGCCCUGGUGGAGCCCCAUGGCAGGAUCAUGGGUCUGGACUUGCCUGACGGGGGGCACCUGACCCACGGCUUCAUGACGGACAAGAAGAAAAUCUCGGCUACCUCAAUCUUCUUUGAAUCCAUGCCCUACAAGGUCAAUCCCAACACUGGCUAUAUCGACUACGACCGGCUGGAGGAGAACGCCCGCUUAUUCCACCCAAAGUUGAUCAUAGCAGGCGUCAGCUGUUACUCGCGUAACCUGGACUACGCCCGCAUGCGGAAGAUCGCGGACGAGAACGGGGCUUACCUCCUGGCCGACAUGGCCCACAUCAGCGGCUUGGUGGCAGCCGGCGUGGUGCCGUCGCCGUUUGAACACUGUGACGUUGUGUCGACCACGACGCACAAGACGCUGAGGGGCUGCCGGGCCGGCAUGAUCUUCUAUCGGAAAGGAGCUCGCAGCAUGGAUCCCAAGACUGGCAAGGAAAUUCCAUACAACCUGGAAAGCCUCAUCAACCAGGCUGUCUUCCCAGGGCUUCAGGGAGGGCCUCACAACCAUGCCAUUGCCGGAAUCGCUGUCACUUUGAAGCAAGCCAUGACCCCGGAAUUCAAAGCCUAUCAAAGGCAGGUUGUCGCAAACUGCAAGGCACUGUCUGCAACUAUGAUCACACUGGGCUACCAUGUCGUCACCGGGGGCUCUGACAACCACUUGAUCCUCGUGGACCUGCGCAACAGAGGGACGGAUGGCGGGAGAGCCGAGCGGGUGCUGGAAGUCUGUUCCAUUGCCUGUAACAAGAACACCUGUCCUGGUGACAAGAGUGCCUUGCGCCCAAGCGGCCUGAGGAUUGGGACACCAGCGUUGACCUCCAGGGGAUUCCGGGAAGAGGACUUCCAAAAAGUAGCUCAUUUUAUCCACAAAGGGAUAGAGCUGACGCUGAGGAUUCAGAACGACAUGAGCCCCAAAGCGACGCUGAAGGAAUUCAAGGAGAGGCUGGUGAGCGAUGAGAAGUACCAGGCGGCUCUCAAGUCUCUCAAAGAGGAGGUGGAGACCUUUGCUGCUGCCUUCCCGCUCCCUGGCCUGCCUGUCCUUUAAAACAAGGCAGCAGCUGCACCCAAUCCAGAGCUACCAGAGAGCUCUGGGGAAGCAAACAGGGAUUGCGGUGCAUCCACAUCCACUAGGAAAGCCUCUGUUGCCAUCUGCCGAGCAAAGAGAACUGAGAGAAAUGUGUCUCUCCCCCCUCCCCCCACUUCUGUUAACCUCCUCUCUUCUCCUAUGCGUGAUUUGUUCCCACAAGGCAGAUGGCUUUUUAAAAGUUAAUUUUUUGUACCUGUCUCUCCCCCUAGGCUACCCCUGUAGGGCGCUGCCCCAGGCUUGUGGGCACGACCAAGGGGCUGGUAAGCCUCCGUUUAGGAAACGGUUCCUUUUCUAGUAACUGUGAAUGGUGCAGCACUUAAUUCUUUUUAAAGGAUUGAAAUUUGGCACCUGAUUUUUAAUACAUCAACUGCACUUUUAAUGAGGACAAACAGGGUAGCUCUCAAGUCCAAUUACUGACAGAUCUGCAAAGAUGCCGAUGCACCUCAUAGACUCAGACUCAUAGACAUUAAGGUCAGAAGGGACCAUUAUGAUCAUCUGGUCUGACCCCCUGCAUGCUGCAGGCCGCAAGACCCUUCCCUGGACUCUACCGUUGAAGUCCCCAAUCCUGUGUUUUAGUGACUUCAAUCGGCUGAGACCCUCCUGCUAGUGAUCCCUGCCCCAUGCUGCGGAGGAAGGCGAAAAACCUCCAGAGGCUCAGCCAAUCUACCCUGGAGGAAAAUUCCUUCCCGACCCCAAAUAUGGCGAUCAGUAAUACCCCGAGCAUAUAGGCAAGAGUCUCUAGCCUGACCCUUGUUGGCCAUUAUGCUGUCCAUGUACCAUUGCUUGGUUUUCCUUGGCUACUAUGUUUUAUCAUUAAACCAUUCCCUCCAUAAACUUAUCCAACUUAAUCUUAAAACCAGACAGGUCCGUCGCCCCCACCGUUUCCCUCGGAAGGCCGUUCCAAUAUUUCACCCCUCUGAUGGUCAGAAACCUUCGUCUAAUUUCAAGCCUAAACUUCCCCCCGGCCAGUUUGUAUCCAUUCGUUCUCGUGUCCACAUUAGUACUAAACUGGAAUAAUUCCUCUCCCUCCCUUGUAUUAACCCCUCUGAUAUAUUUAAAGAUAGCAAUCAUAUCCCCCCUCAGCCUUCGCUUUG